CUUGGGCUCGGGCUGAGCAAUAAAUUCCGCCCGCACUAGCGCGCGCGCUCUUUCUCGAGGCCCAGUGUCCAGUUCUCGCGUCCCCACCUCGCGUCCCCGUCGCGGCCCUGCAGUGUUGGUGUCCGCGUGGCGCGGAGCGAGGCCAGGCGGCCCCUACUCGAGGCCGGAGUCGCCAUGGCCGCGGUUCCCGAGUUGCUGCAGCAGCAGGAGGAGGACCGCAGCAAGCUGAGAUCUGUGUCUGUGGACCUGAAUGUUGAUCCCUCGCUUCAGAUUGACAUACCUGAUGCACUCAGUGAGAGAGAUAAGGUCAAAUUCACAGUGCACACCAAGACUACACUGCCCGUGUUUCAGAGCCCAGAGUUUUCUGUUACAAGACAGCAUGAAGACUUCGUGUGGCUGCAUGACACUCUCACUGAAACUACAGACUAUGCUGGGCUUAUUAUCCCUCCUGCUCCUACAAAGCCAGACUUCGAUGGCCCUAGGGAGAAGAUGCAGAAACUAGGAGAAGGGGAGGGCUCGAUGACAAAAGAAGAGUUUGCCAAAAUGAAGCAAGAACUGGAAGCGGAGUAUCUAGCUGUCUUUAAGAAGACUGUGUCCUCCCAUGAAGUCUUUCUUCAGCGACUUUCUUCUCACCCUGUUCUCAGUAAAGAUCGAAACUUCCAUGUUUUUCUGGAGUAUGAUCAGGAUCUAAGUGUUAGGCGGAAAAAUACAAAAGAGAUGUUUGGUGGCUUUUUUAAAAGCAUGGUGAAGAGCGCCGAUGAAGUCCUGUUUUCUGGAGUUAAGGAGGUGGAUGACUUCUUUGAGCAAGAGAAGAACUUCCUUAUUAACUAUUACAACAGGAUCAAGGAUUCCUGUGCCAAAGCUGACAAGAUGACCAGAUCUCAUAAAAAUGUUGCUGAUGACUAUAUCCACACCGCAGCCUGUUUGCAUAGCUUGGCCUUAGAAGAACCCACAGUCAUCAAAAAGUACCUGUUGAAGGUUGCAGAGCUGUUUGAAAAACUUCGGAAAGUAGAGGGCCGAGUCUCAUCAGAUGAAGAUUUAAAACUGACAGAGCUCCUACGAUACUACAUGUUAAACAUAGAGGCUGCAAAGGAUCUCUUAUACAGACGUACCAAAGCCCUUAUUGACUAUGAGAAUUCAAACAAAGCUUUGGACAAGGCCCGGUUAAAAAGCAAAGAUGUCAAGUUGGCUGAGGCACAUCAACAGGAAUGCUGCCAGAAGUUUGAACAGCUUUCUGAAUCUGCAAAAGAAGAACUGAUUAAUUUCAAACGGAAGAGAGUGGCAGCGUUUAGAAAGAACCUAAUUGAAAUGUCUGAGCUGGAAAUAAAGCAUGCCAGAAACAAUGUCUCCCUCUUGCAGAGCUGCAUUGAUUUAUUCAAGAACAACUAGUCUGCCUUCACUCUGAAGGACUCCAGUGUGAAAGCUAGCAUCACUUGCACUUAAAUCGUUACUGAAGAAGACAAAUAGACAUUGACUCUAGUUUAAAAUCAUGUGACUAUCUUGAUUUCUAUAAAUCUUAACAUUUAACCAUGUUGGUUUAAAAGUAUUUUCAUUGCAUGUAACUUAGACAUAACUGAUCUGUUCCUUAUGCAUUUAAUACCUCAAAGUAGGCAGAAUCUAAAUGCUGGAUUCUCCUAUAGUUUGUUGUGAGUUAAUAAAGGGUGCAGGAGAUGUGUGCCUUCUGGAGAUGAGAAGCAGUCACCUGGCCCAUGUCUGUCUCCAGUUCAUGUGCCUGUGCCAAUUAUAAAUAAUAACAAUUUCUUGUUAGCAGGGGGCAGACAUUCCAUUCUUUCAUUAGGUUCUCUUUCCCUGUUACCGUCGAGGUUCUUUGGUCAGUUGGAUUGCUUGUACAGUAGCAGGGACAGGAAGAUCUCCUUAUCAUGUACCCUGUGCAGUUCCUUUUUAUAAUUGGGACAUAAAUACUUGAGGAAAAGGAGAAUCUAUGGUUAUGCAUAGAAAAAUAUAACCUCUCUAGACUGGCCAGAUCUAAAAAUGAGAAAUAAGCUACAGUUGCUCCCCAAUGAUGGGACAUGAGUGUCCAAGCUUUUGAUUUUUCUUAUAAAAUAUGUAAUAAAAUAAUAAUUCAUGUUACUA